GGUUCAUAAUUAAAAUAAUAAAAUCGCUGUUAUUUACCGUGCUUCUAAAUAAGCAAACGAACCGCGUAACAAAACAUUUUUAUUUUAUUUUUAUAAAUGCAUAAUGUCUCAUCAUGAACUUUUUCCGUUGCAAUUGAUUUUUUUCCCUAGCUGAUUGUCCAGACUGUUUUGUGUUGUCAGUCAACUCUUUCAUAUUAUGAGUCAGAAACACUCCAUACAUAAAUGUGGAUCAUUGAAAGCCACGUGCGUAUGUCUGUGAAUGUUAACAUCACUGUCGGAAAGUGCCAACAGGCAUGAAAAGAGAAUCAAUAGCGGCUCUCCCAUUCAGGCCAGUAUUCAUGUUCAAUAUAAUUUUCGGAUCUUUCAAAAGAAGCAAACUCUUCCCUUCGAUGUCUCUCUCUUUGUGAUGCGGUUUUCCGCUGUAAGCCACCGUGUGUAGUGCUGUGUAAUUUUAUCCACGCUGCAACCUCUUGGUUCACACAAGACUGAUACCUUGCCUCCCCUUUUCCUUUGUAUCAAUUGGUCGGGGUUCGGGCUAUUGUUGCAGGAGGGCUCUUUUAUUUCUGUGCACACUGUCGAUCAGCGAAAUCUCACGAUAGGCUCCCUGUGAAACCGACUGGCUGUUUUCUCCUCCUCGGUCAGAUACAGUCUGCUUGGAGAGCAGAGUGGAACCCAUGAGCACCAACGAGGCGAACCCAUGCUGUUGCUACCAAGCCGGCUCUAACAGAUGACCGCGACGUUUUAAAGAGGGGACAGAAGGAUACAGCACGUUUUGAUUUUAAUAUUCAGUUGACUGGAUCACUGACUAAUGAUACUUCUUUGAUGGGACCCCGUGUGUCAGCUCUUUCUAUUCCAGCAAGAUUUUGCCGACAUCCCGCCAUGCCACAAUGGUUAUAAUUCUGCUCUUGUUGUUACUGAGCUCCUUGGAUCCGAGUUUACAGGAAUCGCUGGCUUCGGCGCUGACCAGGACCCCAAGGGCGCCCUGUGUCAGGGGCCAGGCGUGUGACCCAAGGCAGCGGCGAGAUGCUGGUGGACGCGGCGGGGUUUACGAGCACCUCGGAGGAGCUCCAAGACGCAGGAAACUGUACUGCGCCACAAAAUAUCACUUGCAAAUUCACCCGAACGGGAAAAUAGACGGAUCCCUUGAUGAAAACAGCCCUUUCAGUAUACUCGAGAUCACAGCUGUGGAUGUCGGUGUUGUGGCGAUAAAAGGCCUGUUUUCUGGAAGAUACCUGGCAAUGAAUGAGAAAGGACGUCUGUAUGCUUCAGAAGUCUUCAACCGAGAGUGUGAGUUUCUGGAGCGCAUUCAUGAGCUAGGCUACAACACCUAUGCAUCACGGCACCAUGCUACCACCCAGCCCCCACCAACAGGGUCCGGGGCAGGGGGCAGCAAGCGGCGUGCCAGUUCUAAGAGGCAGUGGUACGUGUCCAUCAAUGGGAAGGGCCGGCCCAGGAGGGGGUUUAAGACACGGAGCACGGAUAAAGCUUCCCUCUUCCUGCCCCGUGUUCUGGGCAACAAGGACCAUGAGAUGGUGCGCAAGCUCAGAGAGAGCCAGCGGCACCAGGCCGGCUCUCACAGAGCCUCUGUGGGUCGGGCAGAACGCAGAAGACGACGCCACAGGGGCUCCAAGGGCCACAGCAGAAGGGCUGACAUUACACACUCUCUUGACACAGAUGGAGAAGAGAUCCACUGAGAGUCCAACAGACCAAAAGAGUCACAUGGAACAAUUUUCUCAAGAAAGGAUGAUGUUAAAAAAGAAAAAAAGAAAAAAACCUUUUGGAGAAUUAUGUGGCAAGGAGAGCCGAGAAUGAAGAGAAACAUCCUUUUGCUUUGUUUUUGCAUCUGAAACACAAAGACAGUUCAGAUAGGUUCAUGUGACCAAAUUUAACACUACUGAAAGUUUUGUCUUUUGCGUUGUUUUUUCAUGUUCACUCUUUUUGAAGUCUUUUCUGCUAACCCAGGUGCAAAAAAAGCACACUUCCAUAAUGUGCUUAAAGUGCUCUUAUUAUUUAGUGCACUAAUUUUGUACUUAAAAAAAAAGAUUAUAAGUACUUCUUAAGAUAAUCUUCUAAGUGUACUCAACUGUCCUGUUUUGAGACACCAUGCAUAUGAACUAUAAUGUGCUUUUAACAUACUGUCUCUGUAUUAAUAAAUGUAUUUAGAUACCACUUGUAGUACACUUGAACCCACCUUUGCAUGAAAGAUGGCUUCAAGUAGUACCUAAAUAAAUUUUUAUUACAUUUUAGUUCAUUUUUAAUGUGUCUUAAAAUAGCACAGUUGAGUACACGUCAAGAUUCUUAAGAAUAAGUACUAAAAAAUAAUUUUUAGUAUAUCAAGUACAAAAUUAGUGUGCAAAAAUAGAGCACUUUAAGUAUGCAACUGUUGUUUUUUUCACCAGGGAAAGACGUGUAAUUAUUGUACAUAGCUGUACAGUCAUUUACUUUUUUUAUGUGAGCAAGAUAACAUAGAGUAAAUGUUUGUAAUCACGAAUUAGGAUGUUGUACAAGUGCUUGACAAUGCCAAUGAUGUGUUAUGUAUCGGACUACGGCUUUUAUAGGUGGUGUACAGACAAGCACUUUUUCCUUAUUGAAGUAUAAAGUAGAAAACAAAGAUCCAUAAACAUAAAACAGAUGCUUUUUAACUUACAUGUGAUAGGCUACUGUUCUUAAACUGCAAUCAGGAGUACUUUGUACAUUACUAAUGUAAUACAUAUUUAUUUUGUUUAUAUGUUUUUAAGUUAUUGAUGACAUAGUUUCUACACUUCCAAAUAUCAAAGAUUUUCUUCUUGCAUUGUUAGAAUAACACUGUUCUCUUUGAACAACUGAACAAUCCCGUAUGAGUAGACUCUUCAGCUUCCUAUUUUUUCAUCCAAAUUUGAGUCUAAAUAUAUGUAAUGACAUCAGCUCUGAAGCAUAGUUUUGAUAAAUGUCAAAUGUAUUGAACACUGUAAGCUGAGUAAUGCAUUAAAACGGCAUUGUUUGACACUGAAAGCUAAACAUCUGGAGGAAUG